AUGAAAAACUUUGCAUAUUUAGAACCGUACGUGAUUAUGAAUUUCUUCAGUAAAUCUUUCUGCUGCAGAUUUUUAUUCCUGGAAUCUGAUAAUUUUCACAUGUUUGUGCAGUUGAAUAAAAUAGAAAUGAUAAAGAUAUUAAAUUUCAGUACAAUGCAACAUGAUCUGAAUGACGAUUCGUAA